AUGGUUUCAGUUCGACUAAACGCAUUAGCAUAUCUGUGCCAAAUUCUGUUUCUCUGUACCGGUGGCAUCGCUGCAAGACAAGCCUUCUCGGGAAUUCAAUAUGGCGGUUGGGGGCUGAAGAGCCAUGCCAAAUUAGUUCCGCCAUCGUCGGAUCAAAGACAGAGACUGGAUUCCCUGCUACUGAAAAUUAGAGGGGGGGAAGACGACAGCACCUAUCCUGAUGACAGAGACAACGGAAGAUACGACGGCUACGGAGACUAUCCAGAAGAAUACACAGACGACAGGCGAGGGGGCAGAAACUCCUAUGACGAUUACUACGAUGGCCAAGGGCGAUCUGCAGCUCCUUCGGGCCCGAAUCCUUUAUCUUCUGCAAUGUCCAAGUUCAAACACGGAGAUAAACGGAUCGGUUUUGCCUUAUUGGGACUUGGCGUAGUCUUCACCGCGAUGGGAGUCAGUCUAUUUUUCAACAAAGCAUUGAUGAGGUUGGGAAACCUCAUGAUGAUUGCCGGUAUCCCGACAACAAUAGGGCCCAGUCGCGCAGCUGGUUACUUCCUCAAACCAGAGAAAACAAGAGCAACAGCUUGUUUGUGCGCUGGUAUCUUUCUCGUCUUUGUUGGAUGGCCAAUCGUUGGCAUUGUCUUGGAAGUCUUUGGUAUUAUGAACAUUUUCGGAAACAUGUUUCCAGUGGUCUGGGCUAUUGUAAAGAACAUGCCAAUAGUGUCCUCACUACUCAACAGUGGAGGAGGAGGUUCUGGUGCAAACAGACGCCAGUCUCAAUCCUAUCGAGACUACGACUACGAAAGGGACCCGUAUGGCGACGAUGAUCGGGAUCCAUACAACACUGACGACAGAAGGGGAUACGGCGAUUACCGAGACGACGACCCUUAUUACUAA